GAAGUGGUCCAAUGUAAUAGCGAAUAUGUACCGGCGUAACGUCGAAAGAAUUCCUCGUUCACAAUUCCUUUUCCCAUCUCAUCAUGGCUUCCUACAGCGCUGUCCACCUGCGUGAGCGUCCGACCGACGCAAUCAUUCCGGGUCGCACAUUCGAACUCAAGAAACACAAAGCACCCCAGCCGUCUGACCUGAAGGAUGGCGAGGUCAUUUUCCAAUCUUUGUAUUUAAGCUUAGAUCCAGCGAUGAGAGGAUGGCUCAACGAUGCCAGAUCCUAUAUCCCUCCGGUUCAGAUUGGAGAAAUCAUGCGAGGCAGCGCCGUAGGGAUUAUAAAGGCUUCCAAGUCAAGUAAAUUCCCAGUAGGCUCUUACGCAGUCGGUAACGUUGGCUGGACUGAGCUUGCCAUCGUCAAAGAAAAACACCUCGAAAAGAUGGACUUGCCGCCGAAUGGCCGCGUCACUGAUGCUCUCAGCGUCCUCGGAGGCACCGGUUUAACAGCUUACUUUGGCAUCCUCGAUGUUGGCAAAGUCAAAGCCGGAGACUUCGUAGUGGUCAGCGGUGCUGCUGGAGCUACUGGCAGCGUUGUUGGCCAGAUCGCGAAGUUGAAAGGUGCAAAAGUGCUUGGUAUUGCCGGCUCGAACGACAAAUGUGCGUGGCUCAAGAACGAGCUUGGCUUUGAUGAGGCCCUUAACUACAAGGACCCCAAUUUUGCAGACAACUUCAGAAAAGCUACCAAGGGAUUCAUUGACGUCUACUUCGACAAUGUUGGCGGCGAGAUCCUCGAUUUGGCGUUGAGCCGUGCCAAACCACAUGCUCGAUUCGUCAUGUGCGGAGGUAUCUCACAGUACAACACGAAGACAGGAGAAGCGCAAGGACCGAAGAACUAUCUCAUGAUUGUAGCAAUGAGAAUUCGAAUGGAGGGAUUCAUUGUGUUCGACUAUAUAAAGCAGUUCCCGCAGGCUCGAAAGGAACUCGCGCAAUGGCUUGCGGAAGGGAAGAUCAAGAGAAAGGAAACAAUAAUCAAAGGCGGCCUUGCGAACGCCGAGCAGGCGCUUGUUGAUCUUUACAAAGGCGUAAACACUGGCAAAUUGUUGGUGGAAGUUACGCCAGAAGGAAAAGCAAAGCUGUAGACAUAACGAAUAAUUAAUACUGUUUUGAUUCAAUGCGAUUCUCAGACUGGAAUGAUCUUACAGCCCUUGUCAUUUCAAAGAGAGAGAUCCGAUUACAAGUGCUUGGACGUGAGCCGUAUGCAAUGCACUUCUAGCUUUAGUAAGAUUUAGU